AUGUUCUAUCUUAUUGUAUGGUUGUCAGUGUCUGUAAUCAUAUCUAAAAGCUCUGAAGGGAUAAAGUUAGGUGGAGCUACAAAUGCCGACACGAAUGAUCCAGAAAUCAAGGAAGUAGCAGAAAAGGCGAUGGUACAAGUGAAUGGGAAGACUAGGAGCAGAAAUCUCUACAAACUCGUGAAAAUUAUCAAUGCUCGUACUCAGGUGGUGUCCGGAACGAAAUAUUACUUCACAAUCCUCGCUGCAUCGACCAAUUGUAGAAAGGCGGGUCUUCAAAUUUGGAAGCCUUCAAAACCAUUAGCUUUGCAGAAUACAGGAGAAAUAAAUCUUGCGAAAUGUGCUGUCGAUACGAAUAAACCAACAAAGCAAUUCAAUGUAGAAGUUUGGUCACAACCAUGGACAAACACAUUCCAAGUCACUCUAACAUGA